AAAAAGAAAAGCAACAAAAGAAAAUUGAAGUUUACUGGACGUGAGAACUUCUGGACGUCAGCUACCUGCGGCAGGUCAGAUAGAUGGUUGGUCCACAGCGCUGCCCGGAUCAUGAACGCACAGCUGUCGAUGGAGAAUAUUGGCGACCUGCACGGAGUGAGCCAUGAGUCCGUGUCCGGUCACGGAGAGCUGCUGAGCGGCCACAGUCCGCAUUCCCGUCCGAGCCCCCGGGGUCUGGGCCACCGAGCUAUGGGCAUGGCGACCCUGCUGGAUAGCGGAGACUAUCACCCCGGCCACCACGGACACCUGCAUCCAGCCAUCAGCAUGUGCGAAGCCCCCCCUGGCAUGAGCGCCAGCAGCACUUACACUACCCUAACCCCCCUGCAGCCCCUGCCCCCCAUCUCCACCGUGUCCGACAAGUUUCCUCCCCAUCACCACCACCACCAUCCCCACCAUCCGCACCCUCAUCCCCACCAGAGGAUCCCCGGGAACGUCAGCGGCAGCUUCACGCUGAUGCGGGAGGACCGGAGCCUGGCGCCCAUGAACAGUCUGUAUCCCGCAUAUCACCACAAGGACCCCUGCAUGGGGCAGAGCCUGUCCCCGCUGUCCGGCUCCGGUCUGGCCAGCAUACACACGUCUCAGGCCGGCAUCCCCCCUUACGCUCACCCCGGCGCCGCCAUGCCCGGUGAGAAGAUGCUCACCCCCAGCGGAUUCGAGGCUCACCACCCGGCCAUGCUGGGCAGACACGCGGAGCAGCACAUGAGCUCCACGGCGGGCAUGGUACAAAUCAACGGCCUCCACCACCACCCGCACGCCCACCUCGGCGCGCAGGGGCACGGCCAGGGGCUGGGGAACAGCCGGGAGCAGGCCUCCGGGCCGGGGCAGCAAGGGGGCGGCGGUGGAGGGGGUGGCGUUUCUGGGGGACAGAUGGAGGAGGUGAAUACCAAAGAGGUAGCGCAGAGGAUCACCACAGAGCUGAAGCGCUACAGCAUCCCUCAGGCCAUCUUUGCCCAGCGGGUCCUGUGCAGGUCCCAGGGGACCCUGUCCGAUUUGCUGAGAAACCCCAAACCCUGGUCAAAGCUCAAGUCCGGCAGAGAGACCUUCCGCCGCAUGUGGAAAUGGCUGCAGGAGCCUGAGUUCCAGCGCAUGAGUGCGCUCAGGCUCGCAGGUGAGCGAAGCCUCGCAUGUAAGCGUAAGGAACAGGAUCACGGCAGAAGUGAGCGGGGUAACGUGUCCAAGAAGCCCCGGCUGGUGUUCACAGAUGUGCAGCGGCGGACGCUCCACGCCAUCUUCAAAGAGAACAAGCGACCAUCCAAAGAGCUGCAGCUCACCAUUGCCCAACAGCUGGGCUUGGAGCUGGCCACAGUCAGUAACUUCUUUAUGAACGCACGCCGACGGAGCCUAGACAAGUGGGUAGACGAUGGCUCUGGUCAUCCAGUCAACUCUGGCCCCAACGCCUGCACCAAAGCCUGAAGACGGACUGAAUUGACCAACUCAUGGACUGACUCAACCUCGGUGGAAAAGCUUUAAAACUUUAGAGAAACAAAGAGAAACUUAAAAAGACCUUGAAGCAACAUUUUGCCCUUAAACCUGUACUAUAUUGAUAUUUAUAGUAUCCAAAGAUGAAAAAACAAACCAAAGACUUCUUGUUUGACCUGCUUUAAAAUGUUUGUUUCAGCAACACGUUUAUGUGUAACAUACUGCAAAAAGGCUAUAGUUUUACUCCCCCUCACACACACACACACACUCACUAUCAAUGGUCUCUAGCUUUACUACACCCUCCCCUCACCUCCCCACCCAGUAUCAAUCUGUCAUUCACCAUCCUUAUCUUUAAUCUGAUUGGUUGGUUUUAAUGAUGGGUCCCUAAAUGGAGGUCUAAUCAGCCUAUUGGCAGUCUGGCACGCAGCUGUCCACACCUUUGAAAAGUAGCUAGAAUGUGGAGCUCCGGUGGGAUUGGCCAAUCAACUUUAAAGAAAAAACAAAAUCCUACAGGAGCAAGUGGAUUGUUGGGUGGCCUCAUUUGGAUCAGCUGCCUGGACUGUCUGACUGUCUGUCUUACUUUUUUUUUUUUUAUAUAUAUAUCCUGAUGUCUGUCUUUCUAUCAAGCAUUCCAGACAGGCAGGGAAAUGUCCAUGUGUAGGCUGCUAACCCAAAACCAAAAACCUAAACCAAACCCAAAGAUGUAAACCCUGACCUCACCCCACAUGGUAGUGCUUUCUUCCA